UUCGACUAUAGCAAGCAGGCCAACCCUAACCCCGUAGCCGGCGCCGGUCAAGGUGGCCAAGGCGAUCUUUCCUAUGUGGACAACUGGCCGGCUCUGCUCAACACAGGUGUCGCAAUGUCCUUUGGCUUCCUCAACCCAUGCGGUAUGAACACUCCACACACCCACAACCGCGCAACCGAGCUGUUGGCCAUCGUGUCCGGCAACAACGUGAAAACCUCAUUCGUACAGGAGAGCGGCUUGACGAACCCAAUUACAACCACACUGGACUUGUAUCAGGGUGCUAUCCUGCCCAUGGGAUCUAUUCACUUCGAGUUCAACGACAAUUGUGAGCCUGCGAUCUUCGUCGCAGCGUUUAGCAACGAAGACCCGGGUUUGUCCAGAACGGCUCAGAAUUUCUUCAUCCAAGACCCGGAUAUCGUGGAUGCAGAUUUGGGGUGGCCGGCUUUCUUGGACGGCACCAACAUUGCAGACUUCGAGAAGACCAUUCCCAAGGCUUUCGCACUGGGUGCUCAGGAAUGCCUGACCCGGUGUGGCAUCACGUAC